AUGAGUUUUAAUUGUUCAAGUAAUUCUGCCGGUGAUCUCCAAAGAUUAAAGAAUGCUUCAUCUGAUGUGAAACAAAUGAUUAAAAGUGAAACAGACUUGGAUGUUACUGCAGAUCUCAGAAAGAAACUCCAUCGGGCAAAGAAAGAAAAAUUAGAAAUAACAACUAAGCACAAUGCAGAGUUGGCGAGUUAUGAGAGCCAGAUUGCCAAGCUGCGAUCUGAGGUUGAAAAAGGAGAAGCACUACGACAAAGUCUGGAAUAUGACUUGGCUGUUGCUAGAAAAGAGGCUGGUCUUGGAAGACGGGCUGCUGAAGAAAAAUUAGCCGAGGCACAGAGGAUUCAAGAAAAACUCCGUGCUCAGAAUUCAGAACUUCAAGGAAAGGCAAAUGAAAUGGAGAAAGUAUUUCAGACUUCGCAGCAGAAAUGGCAAGAAGAAUGUAGAAGAUUUGAACAAGAUUUGGAAGAAAGAGACAAUAUAAUUCAGAAUUGCAAUAGAGAUUGUGAUUUACUUAUGAAAGAUAAAAGCAGACUGGAGAAAAUGCUACAGGAGGCAUUGGCCACACAUCAGCAGGAGAAGAAUGAGAUGGAGUCUCAUGUCCGGGAGGCAGCGCUGGAGGAGUUUAGAUUACAAGCAGAACAAUGGGAAGCAGAAAGAAGAGAGUUACAAUUGAUAGUACAGGAACAAGAUAAUGCGGUACAAAAUAUGCACAAGAAAGUUGAAAAGCUGGAGGGAGAACACAUGGAGUGCUCUGACCUCUUACGGAGACAAACCAGUGAACUGGACUUCAGUACUCAACGUGAAGAACGCCUGAGAAAAGAAUUCGAGGCAACUACUCUGCGAGUGAGGAAAUUAGAAGAAAAUAUUGAAGCGGAAAGAGCAGCACAUUUGGAAUCAAAAUUUAACUCUGAAAUUAUCCAGUUACGGAUUCGAGACCUCGAAGGAGCUCUACAAGUAGAAAAGGCCAGCCAAGCAGAAGCCGUUGCUGAUUUGGAAAUGAUAAAAAAUGAAUUCAAAGAAGUUGAAAGUGCGUAUGAACGAGAAAAGCAUAAUGCACAAGAGAGCUUUGCAAAACUAAAUAUACUGGAAAGAGAGUAUUUCUCCAAAAACAAGAAAUUAAAUGAAGAGAUCGAGGAACAGAAGAAAGUAAUUAUGGACCUUUCAAAGAGACUUCAGUAUAAUGAAAAAAGUUGCAGUGAAUUACAGGAAGAACUGGUAAUGGCUAAGAAGCACCAGGCCUUCCUUGUCGAGACUUGUGAAAAUAAUGUGAAAGAAUUGGAGUCGAUCUUGGACAGCUCUUCUGUGCCGGGCCAGUGGGCAUCAGGCAUCCACAAGGACAAAGAUAAACCUCCCAGCUUCUCUGUUGUCCUUGAGACUUUGAGGCGUACCUUGACAGAUUACCAGAACAAGCUGGAAGAUGCAUCUAAUGAGCUAACCAGCAUGAAUGAUGCUAAGGAAAAGAUAUCUAAUGAACUUAAUGCUACCAAACACAAGAUUGAGUCUCACACUAAAAAUACAAAGGACUUUCAGGAUAAACUGGCUGAUGCCAACAAAGAGUUAAGUCAUUUCCGCACUAAGUGUGCAGACAGGGAUGCUCUGGUAAGCACUUUGAAAAUGGAACUACAAAACGUGCUGCACUGUUGGGAGAAAGAGAAGACGCGGGCAGCCCAAUGUGAAGGCGAACUCCAGAAGCUAUCCCAGGCUUUCCACAAGGAUGCUGAGGAGAAGCUAACCUUCCUUCAUACCUUGUAUCAGCACUUGGUAGCAGGCUGUGUGCUCAUAAAACAACCAGAAGGCAUGCUGGAUAAAUUCUCCUGGUCUGAGCUUUGUGCAGUCUUGCAGGAGAAUGUUGAUGCCCUGAUCACAGAUCUCAACAGGGCUAAUGAGAAGAUAAGUCAUCUAGAAUAUAUCUGUAAAAACAAGUCGGACACAAUGCGAGAACUCCAGCAGACCCAGGAGGACACCUUUACCAAGGUGGCGGAGCAGAUCAAAGCCCAGGAGAGCUGCUGGCAUCAACAAAAGAAGGAGCUGGAGCGGCAGUACUCGGAACUCCUGUUGGAGGUGCAGAAGAGGGCUCAGAGAUUCCAAGAAAUUGCUGAAAAGAAUAUGGAAAAAUCGAACCUUAUAGAGAAGUCUCAUGAACAGUUGGUUCUUGAAAAUUCACACUUUAAAACCAUGCUAUCGCAGACUCACAGGGAGCAGGCGUCCCUGCUGGCAGCCUGUGCCCUGAUGGCUGGCGCCUUAUACCCCCUCUACAGCCGCUCAUGUGCCUUGUCUACCCAGCGAGAUUUUCUUCAGGACCAAGUCAACACCUUUGAGAUGUUGAAGUUGGAAAUUAGAACUAUAGCGCAGGCUUUGUCCACCGUAGAGGAAAAGAAGCAAGAGGAAGCCAAGACGAAGAAAAGAGUCUUCAAAGCACUGAUACGUGUAUUCCGAAAAGGUGUCAUUGCAGUUCUGGCAGCCAACAGACUCAAGAUUCUGGGCCAGUCAUGCGCCUCUCUCUUUACCUGGAUGGAGAAUUUCAAAGAAGGCAUAGGCAUGCUAGUGUGUACAGGAGAACCCAAAGACAAGCAGACGUUUCCAAAACAUCAAAAGGAGCAGUUACGUUGUUUACAAGCACUCAGUUGGCUCACCAGUUCUGACCUUCUUGUUGCAAUCACCAGUUCUAUGGUUGAAUUACAGGAGGUUAUUAGUAAAACAGAUCCAAAUUCCAGAAUUUGUGGACAUUUACUCAUAGGCGCUGCUAAGAAUUCUUUUGCAAAGCUUAUGGAUAAAAUUAGCCUGGCAAUGGAGAGCAUACCUCUGCACAGUCGGGGUAUUACGUACAUAGAAAAAGAUUCCCUGGUUCAGAGGUUGGCCCGCGGACUUCAUAAAGUCAACACGGUGGCCCUGAAAUGUGGUCUGCGGGGUCAUGUGCCCAUUAUGAAAAGCACAACAUCACUACAGAAGCAAAUCUUUGGAUUUACACAAAGGCUGCAUGCAGCUGAGGUGGAGCGUCGCUCACUGCGCCUAGAGGUCACAGAAUUCAAACGAAGCGUGAAUGAAAUGCAAAAGGAACUUGACAAAGCUCAGAGUCUCCAAAUGCAGUUAAAUGAAUUUAAACAGUCUAAACUGAUCACCCAUGAAAAGUUUGAAAGUGCCUGUGAAGAACUGAAUAAUGCAUUGCUUCGGGAACAGCAGGCCCAGAUGCUAUUGAAUGAGCAGGCACAACAACUGCAAGAGUUGAAUUAUAGACUUGAAUUGCAUUCCAGUGAGGAAGCUGACAAAAACCAAACUCUUGGAGAAGCUGUGAAGAGUCUCUCCGAGGCAAAGAUGGAGCUGAGAAGAAAAGAUCAAUCUCUGCGUCAGCUCAAUAGACAUCUUACCCAGCUGGAGCAGGACAAGCGUCGGCUGGAGGAGAACAUCCGCGAUGCAGAGAGUGCCCUCCGCAUGGCAGCCAAAGACAAAGAAUGUGUUGCUAAUCACAUGAGAACAGUAGAAAAUAUGCUUCAUCAGGUCAGAGAUCAAAUCUCACUGUCACGGACUGCGGCAAGUAGGAAUGACUUCGCCCUACAGCUUCCCAAACUGCACCUGGAGACCUUUGCAAUGGAGGGGCUCAAGGGCGGGCCAGAGGUGGUAGCGUGCCAGGCUAUGAUUAAAAGUUUCAUGGAUGUGUACCAGCUUGCAAGCGCGAGAAUCGCUACAAUGGAAAAGGAGAUGAUAUCUCAUCGAAAUCACAUUGUCGCCUUGAAAUCAGAACUUCAUUCUGCUUGUUUACGGGAAAAUGAAAGUUUACAAUCAGCAGGAUCACGAGACCAUUCAAAUCUCUCUGUUCCUUCAAGAGCCACGCUUCCUGCUGACGCAAUUGUUGUUGAGGAUUUUUUGCCAUUGAAAGCUGAACUUGAUUCAACUUACACUUUCUUCAAGGAGACAUUUAUGAACACUGUACCCCAUGUUCUGACCUCAUCUCACUCCUCUCCAGUGACUGUGUCUGCUAAUGCCAAAAGGCCAACUCAGAUUGGAUUAUGACUUGAUGCAAUAAAAAAAUGGAGGAAGAGUUAGCAGUACAAUUCAAAUGGUUUUGAA